AUGACAGCUCCCAAAGGCACAAUCCUCGUAACGGGUGCAAAUGGCGGCCUCGGCACUGCAAUUGUCAAGAAUAUUAUUGCGAGGCCUGAUCUAGCAGCCUAUCAUGGAGUCUACACGGUGCGAGACGUAGCCGCGGCGAGUUCGCUCCAAUCAGCUCUACGAACUGCGAAAUCCCACCCGCACGACGUAUUGCCGCUCGACCUUUCAAAACAGUCGAGCGUGCGCGAGACUGCGGCGGUUAUCAAUGCCAAGGUCUCGAACGGGGAGAUCCCCCAGAUCCGGGCCCUGAUUCUCAACGCGGGUUAUCGAGAGUGGCCGGGCCGGACCCGGAUCGAAGAUGGAUUGGAUAUCACCUUUUCGAGUAAUUACUUGGGGCAUUGGCUGUUGACUUUAUUGUUGCUGCAGAGCAUGGACCGGGAAUCGGGAAGGGUGGUUAUUGUUGGAGGAUGGGUUCACGACCCUCUCGAUGAGGCCAAUAAAGCCAACGGCGCCUUUGAAGACGAACAGUGGAAAAAGAUCUUCGCCGACGCCAGCAGCGAAACCGUCGAAUCGGUCGCCAAAGCUGCGUGGAGUCCUAGCCCGGACGACCCUUCCAAAGAUCGGAAAGGGCUCAGCGGAAUUCGGCGUUACGGGGCUGCUAAGCUGUGUAGUGUCAUGAUGAUUUUCGAGCUUCAGCGCCGACUCGACUCGGACCCGGAACUGAGCGGCAUCUCGGUCCUUGGUGUCGAUCCGGGCAUUAUGGCGACCAAUAUCACAACUAUGACUCUCGGCUGGCUCGUUCGGAUCAUAUUUUCCGUCGUGGCGCAAAUCGCGAAUUGGGCCAAGCCCAACGGCAUCAUGCGCCAACCUCACAAGUCGGCUGGUGAUGUCCUCGCGGCAGCCCUAGAGACCGAUCCGCCUUUUGGCAAGCGGCCGAAAGGGAUGUACUUUAACGGAUCCGAUCUCAAAGAACCGAGCGCCGAGGCGAAAGACGCGGCGAAGAGGGCAACUGUGUGGAAAACCAGCAUCAAAUACACCGAGCUGAAAGAGGGAGAAACUUGUCUGACUGACUGGUCAUGA